AUGGCGUACUUCAAAGAGUGGAACAGCGAGAGAGACUACAUUCCGAUGCUGCUGCUGUACAUGAAAAGCAUUUUCAUUUCAAAAGAACUUCUGAAAGGAACAGAAGAAAAGAAAAACUGGAAGAACGAGCAUGCAGCCCGGCUCUUCCUGGAAGACAAGGCGGCGCUGCUGCGGGAGAUUCGCGCCUGCGUCCUGGAGUCCCAGGAGAAGAGCCUGGAGCGGGUGCCAGCAGCAGCAGCAGCAGCAGCAGCAGCAGCAGCAGACGAGCGGGAGCCGCCCUUCGCCGCCCUUGCUGCUGUGCCCUUAGGAGCUGCUGCUGCUGCUGCUGCUGCUUCCCGCGCCGCUUCCCCUGCCGCGCCGGCGGCCUCCCCUGCCGCCCCCGCGGCUGCCGCUGCGGCCCCCGCUGCUGCUGCUGCUGCUGCUGCUGCUGCUGCUGCUGCUUCGGACUUCGUCUUCGACUUCCAGGCCUUCCACCGGCAGCAAAAGCCGCUGCUGCAUGCGCUCGCGCUGCUGGCAGCAGAUGAGAGCUGCGCAGAACCAGCCCAGGCCUUUGCUGAGUGGUUCUUCGAAGACUGGUGCAAAGCCGAGUUCGACAAGUGA